GAAUAUAUAGCUUACUUCAGUUCGUUGUUUGAUGAUGCACGUGUCGAUAUAGGCUUUUGUGUUGUUAUCCUCCAUCGAAAACAGAGUGACUUGAGUUGGAAUGGAAGAAGCAGACAGAGAUUAUGAAAUGCUCAGGGAAAUACCAGGGUACAGUGUUAUUCUGAAAGCUGUUCUUAGAAACCAGAUUCAGCAUUUGGUUGAACAGUUAGCAAGUAGCACUGAUGAGGCAUCAGUAGUUCUUACAGCCAGCAUAACUGAUGGUGUUUGUACACUUGUUAAUCUUAGUUCCAAGCUGGGUAAAACUUUCCUGGAAGAACAUGAACAAAUCAGAUUACAAUUAGAGGACUUUUGUUUAAAAGCACACCUUGUAAAGGCCAGUCCUGAGAAAACAUGUCAACAAAUGGACUCCUUUAGACCCGGAAAGAAGAUAGUUCCUAGACUCUCUGGCUCAUCACAGGAAUUCAGUUUAGAAAAUUCUACCAUUGUUCCAUCAGUUCAGAGAGAUGUAUUAUCGUCCACUUUAGGAUGCUCUAGCAACAAAAGGGAUCAUUGUAAUACCAGAAUCAGACCAUACCCAUCUAAAAGACCAUGCCAGACCCAUUCAUUGAACAGUACAUUAGAGUGAAUCGGGAUGAAAGGCCUGAUACAGGAAGGAAAUGUGCAGAAUCAGGCGCUUACUCUAAAGAAAAUAGCUCUAAGUUUGUGCCACAUAAAUCUGAAGCAUCAUUGGAAAGUGAUUCCGGAAGCAUUGCUAGUGAAAUACUCUCUGAAGAGGAGACAUUUUCAGUUCAAACUCACAGUGACAAGGAGGAAGUUAAAGAACAAAUAAACCUAAAUACAGAUACUGUUGCAUGUUUUGAACAAAGUGAAACUGUAAAAAUGCAAGAAGACACAGCAGUAAAUUUGAAUAGAAAUCUGUUUACAGAUUUUGAUAAUAAAAUGGCUGAUUUCGACAUUGAGUUAACAAAUAGUGACAGUAACAUCCAAACAGUUGUUGAUGAAAAUUUGAAUGAUAUGGACUCAGUUGAGACAGUGGAUUACAGUCACAAUGGGGAACAUUUGCAAGAUAUUCCAGUACCAGAUUGUAGUAACAUUAUUUAUAGGAAUCUGCCAACAGAAAAGCAAACUGUUCUAAGUGAUAGUUGUGGAAAAGAUCGAUUGUACUCAUGUACAUCUUGUAUGAGAAAAUUUGAUUUUCAUUGCCACUUGAAGAGGCAUAUAUGUAUAGACGAUCUGGACAAAAAGCAAAGUAUUUGUACCAGUGACAAGUCUGCUGAUUCUGUGAUGGAAUCGCCAGACACAUCUCCUAAUGAUUCAGUUCUACCAACAUCAACGGAAACUGUGCCUGGAAGUGAUUAUGUAGGUUUUCUGACCUCGGAUUUUGGUGACAAGUUAGAUAAGCUGAUUGAUGAGGAAAAGGAAAUUGUUGAAAAAUAUAUUGACAGUACUGUAUUUAAAGAUGAUGGACAACAGUACAUUAAGUGUAAAAUAUGUCGAAAAGACUUGUUGAGUAAAAGGUUCCCAGAGCAUAUUUUAACACAUACCAAACCGUACAGAUGUGUAAAAUGCGGACAAGGGUUUAGAGCUAGGGUUGACCGUACAAACCAUUUAAGGAAGAAACAUAAUAUUGACAAGGACAGUCAUCAUGACAAAGAAGACUAUGAAGCACAGAGAAUAAGAGAUAUCUUCCUUAGUGUCAUUUCAAGAAGAAGUUUACCAAAACAUAAAUCUGAGAAACAUCUUAAAAAAGCUGGAAAUAAUAAACUUAAGUCAGAAAAUGAUCUAGGCAUAUUUUCAGACUUGCCUGCUGACAGUCAACCAUUUCAGUCUGGUAAUGAUUCUGAACAAAUAGAAAUGAAAGUUAGAGAUUCAAAUGCUGAAAAUAAGAUUACAAAUGAAGAUGAACAUGAAUGUGAAAAAAGCAUUGUAUCUUUGGAAGAAACAGAUAAUAAUUCAGACACUGAAGAUAUUUGCUAUAGUAACGAUGAAUGUUCAUAUAACCCAGAUAGUAAAGGUCCAGAGAAUUUUUUUUAUAAAAUAAAGUACAAAGAUGGCUUCCAGUAUGCUUCAUGUAAACUAUGUGGUAAAGAAUUUCAUGGAAAAAGAUUUGCUGAACAUAUAUUCACACAUGUUAAACCUUUCAAGUGCAAGGAAUGUGGCAUUGGGUUUCGUGAUAAAAGAGAAAGAAAUAUGCAUUUGACUGUCCAGCAUCAUUAUCCAUCUGGCACUGUUUGUUCUGACAGUGAAGAUUCAAAAGGACACAGCUUGAGAAAAGAAAUACAGGACUUCCUGUCAAAAUACAGCCGUCCAGAGAAAGAAAGAAAAAGGACAUAUACUGGAGAUCCUACAAAAUCUACCAUUGAAACAAUGGAUACAGCAACAUCGGACAGUUUAGAAAUAAUGUCCCGAGUGGCAUCUGAGAGCCCUACAGGAGGUGGCGCUCUUUUCAAACAUUCAAGUACGUCUAAUUCUCUCAGUGAUGAUACUGAAACUUUCAGUGUUGAAGAGGUUACUGGAAAAUCCAAGAAACGUAGGGCCUUCUUAACUUGUAACAUAUGUGGUAUAGCAUUAACCAAUUCGCACUACAAACAACACAUGAGGGUUCACAGUAAACCAUUCAGAUGUAAGCAAUGCCAUUAUGCAACAGCUCGUAGAAAAGCUCUUGAAAUUCACUUGUUAAUGAAACAUGGACUCAAGGCAACUGCUGAUGAUUUAACUGAAAUUGAAUAAGUCUUAGAUUGAAACUGUAAGCUACGAAGUCAGAUUGAAUUGAAUGUUUUUGAAGCCAGAGGAUAAUUAAAUAGUUUCUUAAGAUGUGUGAAAUUGCAACUUUUUAACCCAGUGACAGACGAAUGCAAAAUACUUUGAAGUCUUUGUGGAUUAAGACGAGCUUUGACAUUGAUUGCUUGAAGAUAUCCAAUGCCUAUUUCACGAAAAUAUUUUAUCUUUUGAUAUUUAUUUGAAAUGUAGCAAAUUCUUGUCAAUGUUUUUAACUUAAUUAAAUACAUUGUAUAUAUAUA